AUGAAGCUCUUUCAGGAUGUCUACAGCAGCUACCAGAAGCGGUUUCGCCUGGCCGAGACGUCAGGCUUGAUGUCCUUCAACGCCUGGGUGCAGUUCCUGGCGGACUGCCCGGGCUACUCCGCCGACAAGGCCUCCUUUGCCCUCGCCAAGGAGAUCUCCGUAGAUCAGCACCGGCACUUGCGGCACAUGGCGCUGAGCUGGAGCGAGUUCCUGGUGGCGGUGGCUGCAGCGGUUUGGUUGGAGCCCAGUUCAGGUUCCAAGGAGCUGCCGGACAGGCUUCUAGACUUCGUCCUGGAUACGCUGCCUGAGGCGCUGCACGCGGGCCGCGCCGCGGAGAUCCAGGAGGCCGGCGACCUGGCGAGAGACGACCCGCGGCACGUGGAGCUGGUGAGGCUGGUCACCCGCAUCUUCAAGGAUGCUGACGUGGACGGAUCCGGCCUUCUCACCUCGGAGGAGUUUCAACAGGCGUUUUCCGAGCCCCGGACGUCGGCGGCCUUGGAAGAGGCGGGCCUCCUGACGGGGGAUAUGAAGCUGCUGUUCCUGCGCAUGGAUGUGGAUGGGUCAGGCAGCCUCACGCUGAAAGAGUUCGUGGAGGGUUUGCUGAAGCUUCAGAACGAGAUGAUCGUCUUGGACAAGGGAAUCAGGGAGGUGCGGAAGGCCUUUCUGAAGGUCGAGACCAAGGUGGGCAUCGGCAAGGUGAACCGCGAGAACUUCCUGGCCUUCGUGCGCAACCCCGCGAACGCGGAUCUGCUGAAGCGCGCCGGCUUGCGGGAGUCGGAUGCCUCGGAUCUCUGGGAAGCGGCGCAGCAGGCGAUCAGCCGGGAUCCCCGGGCGGAGGUCACCGCAGAGGCGCUGGUGGCCGGGUACAUGGACCUGCACCUCGAGAAGGGCCGCAUCAUCCGCGCCAUGAACUUCUUGGACUCGAUCUUCCAGGUGGCCGACGUGGACGGCAGCGGCGCCCUGAGCAAGGCGGAGGUGGGCAAGUAUCUGUGCCGCAAGGAGGUCACGGACAAGCUCCACUCUCUGAAGCUCUUUGUGCCUGACUGGUUGGAGAUGUUCGAGGCCAUGGACGCGGAUGGCGACGGGGAUCUCACCUGGGCGGAGCUCUCGGUGGCGAUGCGCCGCAUCUGGACGCAGCUCGCCGGCGCGGAAGCGGAAGCGCCGGGCAACAGCGAGAGUGAGGACGAGGAGGACUCCCUACCGUGA